ACCAGUAUAUGCCUAGCCUUGCACUAGAUGCUGGGCAUGUGGAAAUGAAGACAGAGUCCUGCCUCUGGGUCUCUAGGGAGACACACUGUAGAGUUGGUAUUGACAAAGAAACCAGGACACAAAUUGGACAGAAGCACAAAGAAAAGAGAAAGCAAGGACCAUUUAGAGGACAGAUGGUGAUUCAGUAUUGUUGAGGUGUGAACUAUAAGGGAGCAGGGGCUAGACUAGAGGAGGGUUAAUACCUUGGAUUUGAUUUCGUUUGUGGGAGCCACAGAAGAAUUUUCAACAAGAGGCUGUGACACACUCAGAAGUGAGUGUUAGAUUGCUCUGGAGACAGUGGUUGGAGGGAACAUUACUAAAGCAGAGCAGACUAGUGUCCCUGAGACAUGAUGUCAGCCUAAGGUACAUGUGAAGAUUUCUUGGCUGUGUAGAGUGGAAACCAUUGAUUGUCGUGCCCUCAUUUCUGCCUGUUCUGUGUUGGCAAGAGAGAGUGCCCAAAUGAGCAAGAUAUCGCAGCAGAACAGUACUCCAGGAGUGAAUGGAAUAAGUGUUAUUCAUACUCCGGCUCAUGCCAGCGGCUUACAGCAGGUUCCUCAGCUGGUGCCCGCUGGCCCUGGGGGAGGAGGUAAGGCUGUGCCUCCAAGCAAGCAAAGUAAAAAGAGUUCACCCAUGGAUCGAAACAGUGAUGAGUAUCGUCAACGCAGAGAGAGGAACAACAUGGCUGUGAAAAAGAGCAGGUUGAAAAGCAAGCAGAAAGCACAGGAUACCCUGCAGAGAGUGAAUCAGCUCAAAGAAGAGAAUGAACGGUUGGAAGCAAAAAUUAAAUUGCUGACUAAGGAAUUAAGUGUACUGAAAGAUUUGUUUCUUGAGCAUGCGCACAACCUUGCAGACAACGUGCAACCUAGUAGCACUGAAAAUAUGACAAGUUCUGAUAAUGCAGGACAGUAGACUGCACCUCUUCCCAACUUCACAACUUGUGGCUUGAACAUGAAAGGUGUCGACAACCUGCACCACUCAUAUCAAUGGCUGAACAUUGUCUUGUUCCAUUACCCAAAAGAUCCAUUGGAGGUUGUUUUCUAGGAUCAGCACUGAAGAGUUAAUUAGCUAAAAUUGUUAGCCAUGUAGUUAAAAUUUCUGGUUUUAAAUGAUAUUGGGAUAAAGAAACACAUUUUUAAGGUAUAUGGUAAAAAAAAAAAUCCCAGACCUGGAUGUUCUUAAUAAAUCCUGACUUCCCAAGAAAUGCUUUUUUUUAAAGGUUGAAAAAAGGAAUGAGGAAUUGGCAGGUCAUUCAGAAGGUUCUGGAUUUUAAUGGAAAUGGUUAAUUGGAUUAAGAAAAAAAUUGAAUGCUGUUUGUGAUAAUCUAUUUAUGCUUUCAUUCUAAAUUAUGUAUUAAAAAUCCUUAGGGCUGUAGAAACCAACCACUUUGUAAUUUGGAAUGGUGUUAUGCAUAAACCCUGGUUUAGCAUAGGUAGUACUGUUUCCCCAACAAGUACAAGUUUUUGAGUAGCAGUGUCAGGUUAAGUAAAGAAACCCCAUUGCAUUUUAAAGGCAGUAUGUAGCCAUUUGGUUUAAAAAUAUAACACUUAGGGAGCAAAUAGGUUUUUAAGAAAUAAAAGUAAAGAAUAUUAGAAUUAUGCUUUUGGGAUACCCUUUGGGUUAUUGGAUUGGCAUUUUUUAGUAUUUUUAUAAACACCACCAAACAACAGUAGUUUAGAGAAACCUAUGUACUAAAAUUUUAGUUUUGGCAGAUGCUAGUAAAGGAAGCAUUUUUAAAAAAAUACCAUUUUGACAGCCAAAUUAGUAUAGAUAAAGUCCUAGUAGUUUGAUCACAGAAGCUACUGAUUAGUAUUUGGAAAUAACAAUUCAGCAGGUAUCUUCACCUGUUUUGAAAUAUCUGCCAUGUGGCCUUGAGUUUUAAAGGCAAAAACUUCUUGGAAGGAUUAUUUGAACUUAACCAAGUGAUUAUUAGAAAAAUGCAUCAUCAACUCCCAAAACUAUAGUCUAAGAAAACUUGAAAGUAUAAGGUUUAACCUUUAAUUUAUUUCACUUAAAUGCAUCUUUUUAUAUUUUUGUGAUAUUUCUUUUUCUAGUUAGUGAACUGUUCUUCCACACUUUUUGUACCACUGCUUCUGUUUAGUUAUUUGUAUACUUUUAUAUCCCAUAAAUUAUUUUAGAAAGAAAAUACUGAUAAAACUCAGGAUAUUGACAUUUUUAUUGAGACUAAAAAAUGGCAGUUACUCAAGUCGGGAAUCUCUAGUCUGGUUUGUAUUAAUGUUGGUAGUUUUUUAUUGUCCUUGUCGACUUUUUUUUUUAAUCAGCACAAUUCUAGCUAAACUAUUUUGGCUCUUUUGAGUUAUUUUUUCUCUGUGUGUGUGUGUGUGUGUUUGUGUUUGAGUGUGUGUACACGUACCUGGGCUCGUGACAAGAGACUGAGUCCUGUCUGAUUACAAAGUUAGUGUUACCAGGUAUCUCAUUUGAACUUGGUUAUUUUUGACCACAUUGCUGUUUCAUACUAGGACCUGGGACAAUGUAACCAGCAUGUAACUCAAGUUGUCCCCUUGGAUUGAUGGAUAAGUGCUGUCUGUGCUCUUCUCCUGGGCAGAAGACAUCACAGUGCUCUGAAACUCAGCAAUUAAUAAGGCCAUGAGUCCUUUUGCAAGUGACAGGAGCCUACUGUUGUUCCAUGAGAGCCACUGUCCCAAGAGGGUUUACUCCCUAUAGAGCCAGGAGACAGAAUAGGGGCUUCCAUUAGGGUCCAACACCAGUUUACUUUGGGUUGGAGUAGUGACCUACUGGUAAUGGGUGUUUUGAAUAAUGAACUAGGACAGAGGUCACCAACCAGUGAUCUGUGGACCACUGGUUGUCUGUGAGGUCGGAAAGGUUGGUGACCGCUGAUCUAGGAGAUACCCACAGAUCCUACUGAAUCUUUAAUAGCUGAUCAAUGUUAUAUAAUUAACCUAAUUGGAGAUGCAGUUAGGUCACUUGAAUCCUUAAGCACCUAUAAUAGGUGUUACAGACAUUUUAAUCUCUUAUUUACUAAAAAAUAUCUUUCAGAAAUUGAUGUCACCAUGGAAUUAAUGGUUACCAGUUAUAUGAAUUGACUUAACUCUCUUAGAAAGAAGCUUUAGGAAAAUCAUUAGGAGUGUGUACUCAAUAUUUCAAAUCAGAACCAAAAAUUGGAAAUUUGGAAGAAUGGGUUCAAGCUUUCUUGUUACCUAUGCAAAAUUAAAACUUGAGCACAAGCAGUCCUUUGUGCAUAGGACAAAAAUGUUAACCAUUGUCAACUAUGUUACUGAAGUGUUUGGGAAUGAAAGUUUUUAGUUUGAUAGGUUUAUCAGUAUAAAACUGAGGUUAAUCAAGUAUAGGGAAUGGUAAGUUUAGAGCUUUGGGAACUAUAAAGUGACUUUUGUAAUGUUUGUUUUGUAGGUUACAUGUGAACCAUUAGGAUUUGAUCUGCCUUUGCUGGCAGGUCCUGUCAUUUAGGAAUUAGGCUUCAGUAUAUAAAUUUCUAGCUGUACCCUGAGUCCCCCAGAAUGGGUGCUUUCUGAUUGGUCUUGGCUGCAGGUGGUGAGAUCAAGAGCAGCUCUUUCUGGUGUCUGGCCCCUUUCAGUUUUUUGGGGUGUGAGCUAAGAUACUUUGGACAUUCUUACUAAGAAGUGGUAAGAUUUUAAUAAAAUAUGACCGGAAAAUGGUCACAUGACCAGUCAUGAAUGUGAAAGUCUCAUAUUUACAUUAAAAAGUAGAAGUAUGUACAAUAUAAUAUUUGAUGAUAAAGGAAAUCGUAGUUUUUGGUAUUUCUUAAUCCCCAGUAGAGGGUUUGAAGCUAUGAACCUGAACAACCCAAUUAGCACUCAAGUGCUUUUUGAUGCCUUAGAAAUAGGGGAAAAAAAUUUUGUUUGACAAAAGCUAGAAAGGAGAAAGUCCAUUCUACAGCUGUUAGACCUGCCUCUCAGGAAAAAGUACUUAACUUGUUCUUUUUGUUCCUGGCUUUCCUCAGUUUGUGAGAAUACUCUAUUUUUUUAAAUAUAAUUUUAUUUCUUUCAAUGAAUUUGAAAUAAAAAAACUUUGGAAUAAUGA